GAACAGCAUUGGUUGCUCAUGUUAAUCGAACCGCUGUUGCAAUAACGACCUGAACGGAUCCAGGAUCAAAUUGAUGAUUCAUAUCACUUUGAAGAGCAGCCAUUAGGCUUACAAAUGGUUUUGGCUGUGGUUGUCUCAUCCUCUUUAUUCAAAACGCUUUCUUGAAAACAAUACUGAUUUGAGGUUAUGAGCAGUAAAACCUAUUUUCAUCAAGUGCCCGCACAUAUAAAUUUAAAACAAAGGCGCACAAAUAUUUAUGAUUGUGAUUUCGGGACGACAGUGAGAAGAAGGCCUGAGGAGUACCGCUAAGGUCAUGGUUUUUCGGAGUUUGAUUGGCAUUGUAAAUGGGGACCUUCAUGGUUUCUCCCAAAAAGAAAUUUCCUUUUCCUUUUUCUUUUCUUCUUUUUCUUUUUACUACUCACACAUUCAUAUGUUAGACUACAUAGUCCAAGGAUGGAUAAGGCUGACCAUUUCAUCCAUUGCCUGUGUAGCUGGAGCCGCCAUUGUAUUUUUUGAUAGACGACGGCCAACAGAUGAUGAAAACGACGACAGCACUCCACUCACAUCACCAAAGUUUCUCACUGCAUUUAUGAGCAUAGCAGCCGGUGUUUUGACCUACUCCUCCUUAUAUACCCUCUUGCCAGCUGCGCAAACUCGGUUACAGUUUAAUCCACUACCACUGUUUUUUGGAGGAGUGUUGCUGAACUUUUUACUUAGCCGACUAGUACAUGCUGUAACGCCAAAACAAUUGACAAAGGUUUCUGGCGAAAGCAGUUACCAACCACUUAAGCCUAGUGACCGGCGGAGGCAGACGGACGUAGAAAGCUAUGGGGCUACUGAAGCCUUACGUCAACCACAUGAUCAACCACAAGCCGAAAAUGUGACGGCUUCUGGCUACCUGCAAAUUGGUAUCCAAACUACUGUUGCUAUGUGUCUGCACAAAUUACCAGAGGGUAUCAUCACAUUUGUAUCGAGCAGCGAUACAUCGAAUGUUGGAGUCACAGUGUUCUGCGCCAUUUCCCUGCAUAAUUUUACGGAUGGCCUAAUGAUCGCUCUUCCACUUUAUGCUGCCACCCGGUCGGCAUGGACAGCUUUCAGUUAUGGAGCUUGUAUGGGUGGAGUGUCUCAGAUUUUAGGAGGCGUCAUCGGUGUAAUCGCGAUUUCGAACAUGAAUCAGAAGUACGAAGACAUUUUUAUUGGUGUUGUAUUUGCCAUUGUCAGUGGUAUGAUGAGUCUGAUUGCUAUUCAGGGACUGCUCCUUCAGGCGUUUCGGCUAGAUCAAGGUCGGCAAAGUCUAAUACCAUUCUUUUUCUUUGUUGGAAUUCUCAUAGUCGGUCUGACGUCAAUGUUAGGCAGCCACUGAAUAAAAUAGAAGCACUCACAUAUCUUGCACGUCUAAGAAAUGGAAUGAAAGUAGCGGUUUAAUUUGUACGUAAAUAUGGAAGACAGGGGAGAGUACGCCAAAGAAACGUAGAAUAGAAGCAAAUUCUUGGUGCAGAAGCAGUGGGUAGCAAAUUCUACGUUUGGAAAGAACGCGCGAUGACACAAUACAAAAACAAGAGAUUCUCUUUAUUUGGCGUUACACAGGGCUCAAAGUAAUUGAUACAGCCAGGAGGUCCUGCCUUUGGUAUUAGCUUUAUUUCUUUUUUUUUUUUUUUCUUUCUACCAGCUUCUUAUAAUUAUGCAUAGUCUAUUGUCUCAUCGCCAUACUCGAUAGAAAUACAAAUGAUGUUAUUUACUAUUUAGUCCCUAGUAUCAACAUUUACACGCCUUAGUUCAGUAGCCAUUCCUAGUAAAAUCAAAUUGCUCUGCCCCAUA